CUCGAACAAACAGGCUCUCUGUGUGCUUCCAUGGCGCCACGCGUGACUUGCCACAGCGCGGGCGCAGCCGAACUGGAGUCGCUGUUCCAAAAAGGAAAACCCACCGUGGGGUAAUAGACAGCGAUCAUCCAGCCUAUCGUGGCGUCCUUCAGCGGGAAGUGUGGAUGCCCAAGAGCUGGGGGAAAGGACGGGGGGGGCUUCCUGGCGCUAACGUUACUUGGACUGCAACACGGCGCCUUUGUUACACUUUGGAAUAGUGAGUUUACGGCGCAAGGUAGCAGCUUUUCUCAGCCGAGAUGCUAGGGUACGCGCCAAGUGCGGGCACCAACCAGGAUAAGGAAGAAGGACGCUGGUGGUGGUGGUGAGUUGGCAUUUAAGCUUCGCGGCGCCUCCUCCCUCGUCCGCAGCCUCGUUUGCAAUUCGCAGUAGAUCGACUGGUUUUGGUUGCUGAAAGUAUUGUACAGGGAUCUGCAGAGGUCAAUUCGACAUUUGGUGCUUUAUAGAAACCCAACAUCAGCUUCACGACUCGCAUGAGCAGUAUUACCUGAGCUACCAACAACAGCAUAACCAGAAGUAGCAACAACAGCAGAAGAAGCAAUGGCAGCGGCAGCAGCCGAAACGCCGGCUACGGGAGACAAUCCCCCAGCGACCAAGAUAACGUCCGCGGGAGAGCAGAGCAAAGCCGAGGUCACCGCGGUGGAAGAUGUCGACACCAUCCUCGAUGAGAAGCAGGAGCUUCACCAGGCGCAGCAUGAUCUCGAUGUCACAGCCGACGAUUUAUUGGAAGCCAAAGAGUUUGCUGCCAGCAUCACCCUCGACGAGCUGCACGCGAUCAUGACGCGUGUGUACAAGAUUCACCGACGAGAUCCCAACUUCCCAGCUACCGUUCUCGCCAAGAUUCAGCAGCUGCUCGAAACGGAAAGCGUCUUUCAACACCCCGAACUCCACGAACACCUCAUCGAGGAGAUGAAGAUUGAAGCCGCCCUCAUCACCAACAACUCGCCAUACGCCGAAGUCCGCGCCGUCGUCGACAACCACGACGACCCAAGCAUGCCCGUCUCGACACUCCGUGCCUGGUUCAUCGGCAUUCUACUGGCUGUCGCAUGUGCCUUUGUCAACAUCUUCUUUGAAAUCCGCCAGCCUGCCAUCACCGUCGGCGCCAAUGUCUCCCAGCUCCUCGCCUAUCCCAUGGGCAAGUUCUGCGAGCGUGUCCUACCCAACUGGGGUUUUACACUGUUUGGUGUCCGCCACAGCCUCAAUCCAGGACCAUUCAACAAAAAGGAACACAUGCUCAUCACCAUCAUGUCCAGUAUUAGCAUCACGGGCAGCUACACCAGCUUCAUUGUCUGGAUCCAGGCUAUGCCGCAGUGGUUCAACCAGCCCUGGGCCGUCAACUUCGGCUACCAGAUCCUCAUUGCCCUCUCGACAAACUUUAUCGGUUAUAGUCUGGCGGGCAUUACUCGCCGCUUUCUUGUUUACCCGGCCCAUUGUGCCUGGCCGCAGUCUCUGGUGACUAUUGCCGUCAAUGCGUCUUUCCACUCUGAUGGUAACCCGCCUGUCCUUGGGCCCUUCAAGUCUCUCUGGAAGCUAAGCCGUCUGCGCUUCUUCAUGUACAUCUCCAUUGCCAUGUUUUUCUACUUUUGGAUCCCCAACUUCCUCUUUAUGGGUCUCAGCAUCUUUAGCUGGAUGACCUGGAUCGACCCCAACAAUAGAACACUGGCUACCAUUGUCGGUAUGCAGAGUGGUCUUGGUCUCAACCCGUUGCCUACCUUUGACUGGAACGUCCUCGUCUUCUUUGCAGACCCGCUAGCUAUUCCCUUCUUUUCCACCUUUAACAUCUUCCUCGGCACCCUGCUUACUCUGCCGGUCAUUGCUGCCGUCUACUUUACAAACACCUUUUACACGGCCUACAUUCCCAUUAUCUCCAACGAGCCCUGGGAUAACAUGGCUCAGCCAUACAACGUCACGGCCGUUGUCACGGAGCAUGGCAUCCUCGACACUGAAAAGUACCAGCAGUACUCCCCGCCCUAUCUGUCUGCUGGCAGUGUUGUAGUGUACAUCUCCUUCUUUGCCAUGUACGCUGCCGCCCUCACCCACGGCUUCCUCUACUCGUAUCCCGAGAUCCGCAUGGGCGUCUUGGAGCUCUGGAACAGCUUCCGCAAAAAGGACGACGUCGAGAACGACCGCGUGCUCGAUAUCCACAACCGUCUCAUGCAAUCGUACAAAGAAGUCCCCGAAUGGUGGUACAUGGUUGUUCUUGUCAUGUCCGUGGCUGUUGGCUGUGCCGGUCUUGCAAGUUAUCCCACUUACACAUCGCCCGCUGUCGUCAUAUACGGCUUGAUUCUGUGUCUCAUCUUCCUCAUCCCCACGGGCAUCAUCUUUGCCAUGACCGGAGUCCAGAUUGCCCUUGAUGUCAUUGCCGAGUUCAUCGGAGGCUCCUUUUUCCAGGGCAACGCCAUUGCCACCUGCUUCUUCCAGACAUAUGCCAUGGUCACAAGUACCCAGGCCCAGGCCUUUGCAAAGGACUUGAAGCUAGCCCAUUACAUCAAGAUCCCGCCCCGAGUCACCUUCUUUGCACAAAUGGUGCCUACGCUCGCCACCACCUUCGUAGCCGUCGGCAUCUUACACUACCAAAUCACCAUUGAAAACGUGUGCACCGAGCAGGCUGCCUUCCGCUUCUACUGCCCGAGCGAGACUAUCUUCUACUCGGCUGCCGUUAUUUGGGGCACUGUUGGACCGAAGCGCCUUUGGGGUCCCGGUGGUCAGUAUACCAUUACGCUCAUUGGAUUCCCCAUUGGUGUCCUGACCGUCGUCACCUUCUGGUAUCUCGGCAAAAAGUAUCCCAACAACCCCAUCAUUCGCAAGGUCCAUCCCGUUGUUCUCAUGUACGGCGGCACAACUUGGGUCCCAUACAACAUGAGCUAUGUCUGGCCCGCCGUGCCUGUCGCCUGGAUGUCUUGGGUAUAUCUGCGAUCCCGCUUCCUCGGACUAUGGUCCAAGUACAACUUUGUCCUUACGGCGGCUCUGUCGUGUGGCAUUGCCAUCUCUGGUGUUGUGCAAUUCUUUGCCCUCGCUUACAACGACAUUGAGCUCGACUGGUGGGGAAACAAUGUCGUUGGCCAGGGAUGUGAAGAUGGUAAAUCGUGCGUCCUCAAGACGCUGGCUACGGGCGAGCGCUUUGGUCCGGCUCCGGGAACGUACAAUUUGUAGUAUGACGAGGGAAGAACAGACUGAAGGAGAAUAUGAAAUUGUUACGAAAAUAACAUGACAUUUGACUGAUAUACAAAGCAUAAAUACAUAUUCAUUAAACGACGAGUUGUUGGAAUUUACAAUCCCAGCCUGCCUUUCAUCACGUUGUAAUCAUCCACACAAACGGCGCCAGUCCAAUACCCAGGAUGAGAAUAGUAAUAAUACCCGCUCCCGCCUUGGAGGCCGUGGUAAUCGGGACCUGCGUCUUCUUGGGAGCAAUAGCGUCGGGGUUCUCACCCUUGCCACCGCUCUGGACCGUCAAGGGCAUCUUGGCAUUGUCCACCAGCAAAGCCGAAACCGCGCCAAACACAUUCAUCGUCUCGCAGGCGCCCGUUGUUCCGGGAGCACUGUUGUUCGGUCCAGGUUGUUCGGGGUCAACGUACACGCCCUUCUUCCAGUACAUGCCACACUUGCGGCCGCUGGCUCCACCAGUGCAUUGUUUGAUGCCUUGGUUGAUGGACGUUUUGAGAACAGCACGAAUCUUGUCGCGGCUGCCUUCUACAAGCUGCGACGCGACAGCAAGCCAUCUGUGUUGGUAGCCUAGUGAGACAAGGUGUUAGUUAUUUGGACUUUAAAUCUUACUCUAGACGUAUACGUCAGCGCUUACCCUUGAAGCACUUUUGAUCUGUAGUGCAAAUUUCGUUGUUUUCACAACUCGUCUCGAAAGCAAUAUUGUUGGGAAAGUUAUGUUCCAAGAACUUGGCGAGCAACUUAUCAAAGCGGUCGCCCCAUUUCUGAUCCUUGGUCUAGAGACGGUUGUUAGCUGGUACAAGUCCGUUGAUAUAACAAAAACAAAGUGCGUACGUAGUUGUAUAAGAAAGCGCAGGCUUCGAUGAGGAGGCCAGCGUUGGCAGAAAAGACUUGCUUCACAACAUCACCACAGGCCUUGGACUGGACACCAUCGUAGACAAACCAGCUGUCGUGGUCAAUCAGGUUGUGAUCCCACAUCCAGUUCCAAGCCAUCUCGGCACCGUCCAUAUAGGUGUUGUUGCCAGUGUAUCUGGCCAAGCGAGCGCCGAGGUUCAUGUAUCCGGCAUUAGCAACCGUGUUCUUGUAAUCGUAACCACCGUUGGUUUGCGGGACUUGCCAAUGCAAACCUCCGUUGCAAGUGGUCAUAUCCCAUCGACCAUGCUGCAUAUUCCACGCAUUCGACGCCAGGUCCAGCCAUGACGGCUUGUCCUUGGGAGGAUCCGGGAAGCCCGUCUCGGCAGCGAGCAACGCUGACAUGGCCCAAAAAGCCUGGUCAUCGUUUCCUAGCGACAAUGUCCAGUUUCUGGGUUCGUAGUUUUGCAGCUCGCCCGACUGGUACUGCAAAGCAGCCAUGGUCAUGGGGUUGUAUGUGCUGUCGCCCGUAUAGUGCCAGUAGUCGACAAAGGUGCCAAACAUGGCACCGGCAAUAUACCAGUAGUAGUCGCCCUUUCCAUCAGCGGGAGGGCCAGGCAAGAUGCCCAGUGUCUUGCCGGGUUCCUCACCGGGGUAGUACGCCUUCAUAUCCGCCGCCAAAAGCUUGGCCGAUGCCAAGAUCUCAUCGUUGGUGCCGAGCUUGAAUUGCUGGGCUACCACGGAGCGCGACAGAGCGCCGGCUACCAGCGCCAGCGAGAGCGAUCGCAUCGUGAUGAUGAAGAAGCGAAAAGAGAGCGUGUGUGAAGAGCGUCGAGUCGAGUUGGAAUGCAGUGGUCGCACGAGAUGGUUGUGAGCGGGGGAUUAGCGCCGCCCGCGAGGGAGAAAAAAGAAAAAAAAAUAGCCGGUCGAUUCGGAGACAAGAGAAUUCGGUAGCGGAAUCGAAGAGCGAAGCCGGUCGGCGUGUCGCGGGUUGUCGGAAAACAAUGUACAGUACAAGUGGUGACAAGAAAUGAGAGUAACGAGAGUGUUUUGUUUGUGUCAAAGAUGGAAAAUGAGCGGGCGGUUCAACUCUGGCAUCAGCGGAGACGUACGAGUCCGGGGGGGUGCGAGGAUGGCCCUGUGGAUUAUAUUCAGCGUAGCCCGCCGCUAGAAAACGAGGCGAGCAGCCUGCAAAGCACGCAAGCUAGUGAC